GCUGGUGGUAUAGCAGGAACAGCGGUUGACACAAUAUUAUAUCCAUUAGACACGAUUAAAACAAGAUUACAAUCAAAAUUGGGAUUAUACAAAGCAGGCAGUUUUCGUGGAAUAUAUUCAGGAAUAACUAGUGUAAUAAUUGGUAGUGCUCCUGGAGCAUCAGCGUUUUUUGUCACAUAUGAAUUUUUAAAAAAAGGUUUAAUAAAUAUGGAAGGAAAUUCUAAUAAAUCUCAUAAUGAUUAUAAAUUAAAAUAUUUACCAUUAAUUCAUAUGGUUGCUGCGUCAGGUGGUGAAAUUGCAAUUCCAACAGAAGUCAUUAAACAAAGAAUGCAAACUAAACAAUAUCAUUCAACACUAUUUGCUUUGAGAUCUAUAUUUCAACAAGAAGGAAUCCAAGGAUUUUAUCGCGGAUACUUGAGCACUGUGUUUAGAGAAAUACCAUUCACCUGCAUACAAUUCCCACUAUAUGAAUAUUUAAAAGUUUUUACUGCACAAAUUACAAACCGAUCAAAAAUUGAACCUUGGGAAGCUUCUAUUUGUGGAUCAAUAGCUGGAGGUGUAGCAGCCGGACUUACUACGCCUCUGGAUGUAGUAAAGACUCGUGUGAUGUUAUCGGCAAAACAAAAAUGUCCUAAUAGUAAAAAUGUUUUAAUAAAAACAUUUUAUCAUCAAUUUAAAACAAAUUCGUUAUUAAGAGGAAGAAUAAAAAUACCAAGAAUUGAUGAUGAAAUUUCAUCAGAAUCAAUAAAAUAUAUUGAUGAAUUUGGUAAAUUUGUUGGUGAUAAAUCAUUAAAAUCAAUUUUAUCAUCUUUUGAUAGAUCUAAAUAUUAUUUGAUUGAAGUUAGCAACAACAUAAACAAUACCAAUAAUAAAUUAUCAGACGUUAAUAAUAAUAACUACAAUAAGUCAUCAACAUCAUCGUCUUAUUCACCAAUUUGUAAAUUGAUUGAUAAAAAAUCAUUCAAUAAGAAAUAUUUUAACGAAAAUCAAAAUUUAAGUAAUGGCAACAACAACAAUAAAGUUUAUAAAGAAUUAAAGGUUAGUUGGAAAGUUAGAGAGGAAGUUCUAUCAGACACAAUUGAUAAAGCAACCGAGUUUUUAAAAGAAGGCUAUGACUUGAAUAUUGUUAUAAGUCACAGUAGAAGUGUGAAUAGUAGUAAAUUGGUUGAUGUCAGCGGUGUGAUAGAAAAAAUUACAAAUGGUAUAAAAGAUUACGCUAAAGUUGAUGAAAAAUCAGUUGAAUGGACAGGUGGAUCCGUCAUUUUAAAGAUGGAAAAUAAAAUUGCACGCCAUGUAGAUAGUGGCAAAAAUAAAGGUGAUAUUGGGGAUGAAGAUGUUGGAAUCUAA